AUGGGUAUCUUCGCGAAAGGCAUACGUCUUAUCUAUCGCAACGACGAAGACGCCCUUGCGCAUGCGUGCACGCAGUCUACACCCAACAAUGAGGGAGCAGCGGUAAAGAUGCUCAGUGGCUCCGUAGCGGCUCGAGGACCUUCCAACAGCAACACUUCGAAUGAAGUUAUAUCGGUUGUUGAAAUCAAGGGGGCGACCGAGUCGGAGCUCGUACGAGACUUAGUAUUCGUUCUUCAAGGCGUAGACGGCAGUAUUUUCAGGUUCAAUCCCCGCACAGAGCGUUAUAUAUUUAGCGGCAGCAGUAACGGUCGAGACAUAGAGCUUUCGGCUCGGCAUGGAUCGGCUUGUCAAGAUGUAUGCCACGUUGGAGGAGUAUACAGACGACUACUUGAGCGAUGUAAUCGUCUACUUGAUGACGAUGAAUCGAUCUGCACGCAUGCACAUUCGUCCCCCACAGCGGCCGCCUUCGCAACACAGAUAAGGGAGAGGUUGAUGGAAUACUAUAGAUUAACAGUAACGUUGGAGUCUCGUGUGAGCGGGCAAGAGUGGACACUGCAGCAUUUACAAGCUUGGGUGUAUCAGCCUGGCCGACAGCUAGCAGCUCUGGAGAGGUUGACGCAAGUGUGUUUGUCGGAAAACAACGGCGGAGCGAUGAUUUCGGACAUCAUAACUCUUCGUGACUCUCGUCCUGCUAAUGGAGUGUGUGCAAGAAGGUGUACAUCUCUACGUAGUGUUCUCGACGACAUCGUCUCCCAAACGCUUCAACCGUUGGUGGCGACUAUACGCCUUUGGCUGACUGAAGGUCGCAUUAUGAAGGGAAACGAAGAGGACUUUUUUAUACAGGGCGCCAGGCAGGCCUCUAACAAUAACAAGAACAACUCGUCUGAUAUUUGGACAAGUGCAUUUACGAUAGACUUCGAUAAAGUGCCGGCCCUCAUCAGUGAGGAAGUGGCGUUAAAGAUAUUUGUUACGGGUAAAUCGAUCAACUUUGUACGCCAAUGCUGUAGUGAAGGCGAUUGGCUGAGUGACCAACAGCAGCAGAUACAACAGGAAGAAACUGACCCUGAUAGCCUUACUAACAUGGUUCAGAAGGCUUAUCGGCGGGAAACCUCUCUGGUGUUUAAUUUGAUGAUGAAUAAGUAUCGCUUGCAGGAUCAUUUACUGGCGGUGAAAAAAUAUUUACUACUCUCGCAAGGCGACUUCGUGGGCCACCUACUCGACUUGAUGAGCGAACAACUGUCCACACGCGCACAAGUACUGAGAGUCCAUACGUUCCGGGACCUCACAGACCACGCGUUGCGUCUACAAAGGUUGGGCAGUGCAAGUGGCAAUUACGACCAGCAAGAUGAGGAGGAGUUUGACAAUAGACUUACGGCGCGCCUUGAAAAAUCAGGGCUCAGUGACACUGGCUGGGAAGUAUUCUCGUUGGACUACAUCGCGACUCAGCCGGUGUCGGUGAUACUACACGAAGAGGCGAUGGAGAGGUAUAGGAAAUUAUUCAGCAUUUCUUGGAGAUUGCAUCGUGCGGAGAGGCAGUUAUCAUCAGCUUGGAGCCAGCAAAUGAUAGCUCAUCGUACGGUACUGCAGGCCGUCGUUAGUAGAGGAAAGCAGAGGAGGAGGCGGAGCGAAGGUCAACCGUCAUCAUCGCUAUCGACCGACAGUGUUGGUGUUGUUGUUCAUCUGCUGAACAUCUGUAACGCAUUACGGCACGAGAUGUGGCACCUGGUUGAGCACCUCCGAUCAUUCUUCGCAUUCAACGUCAUCGAUACGGCCUGGCAGAAACUGCGGGACUCGUUGGAGUCUCUUGCUGGUCAGCAAGAAGCUGAUCUUGAUAGGGUCCUCCGACUGCAUGAAGAAUAUCUGACGCGACUAACAGGCGGUCACUUUUUGAAUCACGGCGAUACGCCAGUAGGAAGGAAGCAAAUGAAAGUGUUCGACGUCUUGAACGAAUUACUCAAUGGCAUAUACCAAUUCACGACGCUACAAGAACGAAUAUAUGGCGAUCUCUCGGGUGCUGUUGUUAGUCACGAAGCUGAUGGGAAUGAAAUGUCACUCAUGGACGAGGCCACAGCUGCUGAGUUUAAACGUGCCGUGAUGGAAAGACGAGAAGAGUUCCUCGGCAAUUUGCAGAAGUUCUGUGCAGGCGCCAUGGAUACGAAAACUGAAUUAAAGCAUCUUGUGAAUCGCAUAGACUUCAACUGUUUCUACUAUUGAAUGCAUUUCCAUGC